AAGCUGGCUGCAUUGGGAUGCAAAUAAGGCGGAGCGCGUGCUCCUCUCCGGGGGGAGGGAUUGUUUAUGGAACCUCCGCCGGGAGCCACGCGCCGGGCGUACGAAGCUGCCAAGCGAAUUCCCCAUUGGGUGGGAGGAGGCUCGGGAGCAGCGGGGGGGGGCCUCUUGUGUGUGUGGCGCGCGGCGCGUCGCGUGCUGUUCCCGGGGGCUCGCGAGCGGCGGCAGCAGCAGCGCGUGUUGAUAAGGGGCAGCGCUCAGAGGAACCUGCUGCAGAGGCGCAUUGACAGCGCGCAAGGGAGCAGGGCUGCAAAGAAGGGGAGGGGGUGGGUUACUGAAGCAGCCGCGGCCGGGAUUGUGGCUGAGCGGGCAGCGCCCGGCUCCACGCGCUGGGCACGCUCCCCCUGUUUGCAGUUAAGGAGGAGGGGGAAAUAUUUGGCAGGGGUUUUUUUUUCUCCCCCCCAAAAAACUAUUUUUGCAAGUUUUUUUUUUUCUUCCUUUCAAACUUUCCCCCACUUGCAGCCCUGCCCCGGUCACCUGCCCCCCGGAGGCUGAGGUAGCGUAGAUGCCCCAAGAUGAACGGCGGGCCAAUAGCAGCUGCCAUGCAACAGCCACCCCCGCCUUGCACAAGUUUUCCCUUGCACGGAUGCGGCGCCGGUUCCUUGGGGAUGAAGUUCCAGCCGAUGCCAGGAGCAGUCUCCUCCUCGGUGCCGCAGCAGCAGCUGCUGGUGGCCGCUAAGGGCCCGGCUCUGAACCCCAGCUCCUCCGCGGCGCGCUGCAAAGGCUCCAAGCGGCGCUCCGGCUCGCCCGAGCUGCUGCGCUGCAAGAGGCGCCUGGCUUUCCCGGGGCUGGCCGGGCAGCCGCAGCCGCCGGCGGGGGGAGCAGCGGCCGUGGCCCGGCGCAACGAGCGCGAGAGGAACCGGGUGAAGCUGGUCAACCUGGGCUUCCAGACCCUGCGCCAGCACGUGCCCAACGGCGCCGCCAGCAAGAAGAUGAGCAAGGUGGAGACGCUGCGCUCGGCCGUGGAGUACAUCCGAGCCCUGCAGCAGCUGCUGGACGAGCACGACGCCGUCCGCGCCGCCUUCCACGACGGCCUCCUGCCUCCCGCGCGGGCCGCCCCCGGCGGCGGCUGCUCCUACUCCUCCGCGUCGCCCUCCUUCGCCUCCGCCUCCUCCUCCUCCGGCGGCCGGGAGGGCAGCUCCGUGCCGGGCUCCCCGCACUCGGCUUAUUCCUCAGAUGAGAGCGGCUACGAGGGGGCGCUGAGCCCUGAGGAGCGCGAGCUGCUGGACUUCACUAGCUGGAUCGGGAGCUACUGACCCGCGCCGCGUCCCCUCCCCGCAGCAGCCUUGAAAGCAGAGAUGUGCGGGACCUCAGUACCUCUUGUCCUUGAUGCCUAUUAUGAUGCAGCAGAAGAGCAAAACGGACUC